AUGGCUACUACUGAUGAUAAAACUCCAUCACAUGCAUCAAAUGUCUAUUUAUUCAAAAAUGGUUAUGGAAUGAUUGUUAAAACAUUUGAAUUUCCUUCAAGUAAAGCUCAGGACGGUAAACCUUUGGAACUUCUUGAUCCACCAUCAAAUCCUGUACAUGGAACAUUUUGGAUACAAUCACUAUCAAAUAAUACUUCCAUUGGUUCCAUUCGUACAAAAAAAACGCAUAAACUUGUCGAUAAAGAAUGUUGGACUGUAGAAGAUUUAGUUCAAGCUAAUGUUGGACAAGAUGUUCAGUUGUUAGUUACAGAUUUCACAUCUAACAACACCGGAGAAUGGAUAUCUGGCAAAAUAAAAUCUAUAAAACGAAUGCAACAAGUAUCCGACGAUGAAGAUACAAAUGAUGUCAAUUUUGAAAGAACAAGUACUGGAGUCUAUCCAAGUACUGCUCCACCAGUACCACAUGCUAGUUACAUACCAACUAUUCAACCAACAGUUUCUACUCCAUUGCCGAAAGUUCAAUUAGGCAAUUUAGUUUUACUUGAAACAACUGAUAAUGGUCUGUUAGCAUUAUCUCUAUCCAAUGUGAAAUCGAUUAGAGGUGUAUCACUUAAGACAAUAUAUCAACGUAAAAUCUUCAAAAAUUGUCUCUCAAUUGAAUAUAAAAAUGAAUCAGGAUCCAAUGAUACAGGUCUAAUGAAAUAUCUUACAUUUGGUAUUACAUGGGCACCUUCAUACAAUUUAGUACUUUUAUCUUCAGAAGAUCCUUCUAUAAAAAGACUUCGUCUUUCAUCAAAAGCUGUUAUUCUAAAUGAUAUUGAAAAUAUGAAUGUUGAUAAUUUAUUUUGUAUUGUUGGAUUUCCAAAUGUAUCAAAAUUUGCUUCGGUUGUGGAUCCUAUAAUUAGUGGGGAAGAUGUGAAAGCAUUUCUUGAUCGACUAAAACAAUGUGAAGUCGAAAGUUCAAGAUCACAUCAUUAUGGUAAUGCAAAUAUUAUGUCAAAUUCUGUUAUGAUGCAACAAACAGUUAUGCCAAUAUCAUCAACCGGGAAUAAUGGUCCUAGUGACAGUCAACAAGAUUCAGGUGUUGAUGAUCUUCAUUUAUAUGAAUUUAAAAAUGUUUUAUUGCAAAAGAAAGAACGUCUCAUGUUACCAAUCUUCGACAUUGAAAUACCUUAUAAAGAUGUUUAUCAUUGUAAAAUUGAUGCAACACGAACGGAAAACAUCUUUUACGGACACGAUGAGAAAAAAGAUUUCGAAGAGGUUUGGCAUAGUGUUGAAUUUGAAAAUAUAUCAAAUUUUGUUUGGACAACAGCACCAAUUGUUAUAACAAAAGGUCAAUUAGAACAACAAUUUAUUGGUCAAGAUAAAUUGACGUAUACAUUAAAAGGAUCAACAACUUUUGUUAAUUUAACUAAAGCUCUCGAUGUUCGAGUACAAUUAGAUGAAAAAGUAACGGUUACAAACUCAAAACAAUUUACUCUCUUUCGUGUUCACUAUCAAACAGAUCAAAUCGAUGGAAAAAUAUUAGUAAUGAAUUAUAAAUCAGAAGAAGUAGUUGUUGUUAUUACUGCAACACUAAUGGGAAAAAUGAAUAAUUAUUCAAUAGCACCAAAAAAAGACGCAAUUAAAGCUGAUAACAAUGUAGCUAAUCAACGACAUGAUAUACAAUGGGAAGUUAAUAUUAAACCAAAACAAACACUCGAGAUUAAAUACGUUCGUUCAUUUAAUAAAAGAGUAUAG